AGCAAACUUAAGAUGGCAGCCUCCAGCAAUAAACGUCUUGUUUAUGUCGGUGGGUAAUUAUUAUCUAUUUCUAAUAGAGAUGGUAAUUGAACCGAACCACCGAUUUAACCAUGCUGACGACCAAAUCUCAACGUCACUCAUUGCGAACCGACCCGAACGAAUCUAUAGCAAACUUAUUAAUAUUAAUUAGAACCGACCCUGAUAUUUACAGACGGUAGCCUAUAAAAAUUUUUAUUUUUCAAGAAAUAAUAAAACGCACUAAAAUAAGGGAUUACCAUUAUAUUAUUAUAUAAUAUAAAUUAAUAGGUAAAAGUGGAAUUCAGGUGCGUAUAUUAUUUCUUAACGCAUUUCGUAUUUAAAUUUUUUUUUAUCAUGUAAACUUACGUGUAUUCUUUAAUAAUUAAAUACAGGCAGUUAUAGUCUAUUAUAGUUAACUAAUUCUGAAUUAUAAUUAUAAGUCACAUCUUUUCUUUUUCUUUUAUUUUCUUAUAAAUUCUUUUUAUUUUACUUCUAAAGAGUCUUUAACCAUCCCCAACAAAAGUGACACAGCCCCAUUUGUUUGUAUUUUUCUUUUCACCCUAUGACAGAUUUUAGCCACCUAUAAGUUAGUAUGCUAAACGAAAUUUUCAAACUGUAAAGCAUGUUCACAAAAAAGAAUGAAAUACUAGAUUUUUCAUUAUGCCCAAGCCCCUCCCCCACCACUUUCUUUUUUUCCUCUCAGAGCGCUCGGAAUAUAGGGGGAAUAUAGGAACUCACCAUAACCAGUAUCCCACUGGAUCAGGAUCCCACCCGCAUCAGGAUCUCACUGGGAUCAAGAUCCUAUCGGAAUCUUUCCGGAAACGGGAUCCCAUGGGAUCGGGAUCUCAUUUAGUUUGGGAUACCACCGGAAAUGGGAUCUCACGGGAUCAGUAUCUUACCGGGGUCGGAAUCCCACCAUGACCAAGAUUCUACCAGAUCCCAUCAUGAUCCUUCUGGGUGCCAUCGGAAAACGGGAAAAACGAAAUGUUUACAUACGUUAUUUGUUAUUUAAUUUUAAGUGGUUUUAUAGGAGACAAGUUAAUUAAUUUUUUUUUAUACCUAUAGUGGUGUUGUUUUGUUGUUGAUAUUUCGCGGGUUAAUAGCAAUGUGAAUUAACAGGACGUAGCAGAUGUUUUUUUUUUUCUGAAUGCAGCCCGGGCAAAUCCGGUUUUAUUUGAAAGUAAAGUUAUAAAAUAAAUACAACAUUUAUUUUAACCAAGAUUCAUCCAACUGGGCAACUUUUAUAACAUAUCUGUAAAGACAGAAGAGUUAUCCAUGAUUUACUACAAUGGCUCCAUAAAAGACGAAAGAUUCAAGAAAAUGUACUUUUUUUUUAUCUCGUAAAAUUUGUUAAAUUGUUGUUGUAUUCCAAUAAAAAGAUGUUAUUUUACUUUUAAAAUACUUUUUAUAAACAAUACACAUAAGUUUACAUGAUAAAAUACGAAAUGCGCUAAGAAAUAAUAUACGCACCUGAACUGCACUUUUACCAAUUAAUAAUAUAUAUAAUUAUACUUUUUAAUGUAAUCAAUCAAUUUUAAAAAAAAUCAAAGUUGUUGACUAUUUCAUCCAGUGUCAUUAAUUAGUAGCAUUAAAAAACGUACAAAAUAAGAUGUAGCCACUUCGAUGAGAUCCGGGAAUUGCCGAAAACCGGGUAUCAUGAUUUCGUUUUCAAAAUGGUGACCUCCACUUUUUAAUUUACCGAGAGCCUCGUUGUUUACGAUGUUUUUGUUAAUUAUAGCCCAGCAAGCACAUUCUAUUUCCGCCCACAACUUUGAGUAGACAUGUUGUUUUAUGAUAACACACUUUUGUUCUAAAAAAUAUUUGGGGUCUUAACUUUGAAAAUUGAAGUUAAAAUAAUGCUUAUUUCACUCAUUCAUAUUUUUUUUUUAGAAAGGGUGUCUUUCUUAAAUAAAAAGAUGACGGGAGAUAAUAGAGUAAAUUACAACAUAUAAAAAAUUCAAGCGGUUAGCACCCAGUUCAAUGGUAAAAAAAUGCCUACCAAAUUUUUGUCACGUGUGUUCCAAAAUUACCUAUUAUCAAUAACAAAUUUUAAUAAUAAAAAAAAAAAAGUAAAUAACUUGAUUAACAAUGGAAAUCCAGCUUAUUACUCCAAUAUAACUACUUCAAAAACAAAAACAAAUAAUUUAAUAACACAGAUACCUAUUUUAACAACAUAAAUAUAUAUUUUUAACUUGUUUUGAUGCUUUUAUUGAGGGGUAUUGACUUGGGUAGUGGGUUAAACUGAAUUUAUUAUUAGUCUCAUUAUUAUUAUAAUUAAUAUAUUAAAUAUAAAAAAUUAAUAUAUAUACAGGCCUAGAAAAGUAUAGUAUAGUAUUUUAAGUAUAGGCCUAGCUCCACCCCAACUCAUUAUUUGUGUGACACAUUAUUUGUUAUUUGUAAUGAUAUUUUAAUGAAUAUUAUGAUUCUUAAUGCAUAGAUUAAGCAAAAAUGAAAAAAAAAAAUAGUCACUUACCUUUCAUAUUGAAAUAUCCUAUAUUUAAUCACAUAUCACAAUAUCUUACAGAGAACUAUUACAUAAUCCUUGGUAUUCUCAAAGAAAAAACACACUUUCUGCCACAAUAGUCCAAGAAUUACUUAAGAUAUUAUUAAUAAUAUUAAAGAACAAUCAUAAAAACUGAUACUUACAAGCAAAUGACUAGAACUUUUUUUUUAGUUUGUAUAAACCACCAAAGUUGAUUCUGUCAAUGCAUGUUAAUUUGUGAAACAAGAUUACUAACUUGUAAAAAAUUACAUACAAUUUUUUUGUCAUAUUCAGACAUUCAUAUGAUGUGGAACUUAAAUACAUAUAUAGAAAAUGGUAAAAUAAAAAGUGUAAUCGUAAAUUUUAACUAAAUGAAACAAGUAAUCCCUUUAUUAUUAGUUUAUACUUAUAAAUGUUAAACAAUUCCACAGAAAAUUUGAAAUUUAUAUCUAAAGAAUAUUAUUAUUAUUAUGAUUUUAGGGAAAUUUAAAAAAAAUAUAUUUAAACAAAAUUAAUUAAUUAAUUUCAAAUAAAAGACGAGUCAGCAUAUUUAUACAUGUUUUAAAAGGAAAAAAUCAAGAUUUAAAAAAAAAAAAUUUGCGGAAUAUUAACAAAAACUAACUUAUAUUUUGUGGCUUUAUUUAGAAGUAGUCAUAUUUAACUUUGUUCCCUGUAAAUAUUAUAUUUUUGUCUCAUUUUACAAUAAAGUUAUAGGCAUUAAAAAAAAAAGCAAAUUGAGGGUCACGAAAUGUGGAGGAAAAUCCCAUAGUAAAAAAGUGUCUUUGUGGUCCCUACUAAAAAAUUCAUAACUUUUGAACCACUUGAGCUAGAAAGUUGAUCUUGGUGUUUUUGUAAUCUAUUCUCCAGGCUCUAUACAGCUAUAGUAUUUUUAUAUUUUAAAAAAUGUUUUGAAAUUUUCAUAAAAGUGCCUAAUAAGAUGCCUAAAAAAAAGUGAGGAUAGAUAGAGGAUAGUGAUAGAAACUGUCAGCUUUCUUUAUUAUUUAUUUAAGGGUCCUUCCUUAUUUUAAAAAUCCAAAACCGAUUUUGGUGAAUUUGACAUUUCACACAGCCACCAUCCUGGUUGCCACAACCCGUGAAAGGUCACGGCACUGGUCAUGCAACCAAGAUGAUGGCUGUUUAAAAAACACAUCUUUUAAAAUCCUAAACUUAAACUUUAUCCUUAACCCUAAACCUAUCCCUUAAUCUAAACCUAACCCUCCACUGAAACACGUGUGCUACAGUUGCACACUGUGGUAAGAAAACUAAAUAUGAAGAAAAACAAUACAAAAUAAUUGUAAAAUAAUGAAAACCCAACUUGCAGUUUCAUAGGAAGCACUUUUACCUACUUUAUUUCAUUUUCUACCUAACCAGAUCCAAAGUUGUUACCGAACCAAAACUUAAGUUGUUAUGAACCGAAUCUGAACUUAAGUUGUCAAUGAACAAAACCUAAACUUCUUAAUGGGGGUUUGAUUCCCAUCUUUAGUUUUUAGGUCUAUAACAUUAAAUGUUUAGGUUGUUUAAAUUAUUCAUGUCAUUUCAUAUUUGAUUAUUUUAGCAUCUUAAAUUAAAUCCAAAUGAAAUAGCGUAAAUUAAUCCCAAGAAUUAGGUACCAUUGUGUAACUUCUUCUCAUCGUCAGUGUCAGUCUGUACCAAAAAAAACAUUUUAACAAACUACAGACCUACAUGAUCAAAAUAGUUAAGUGUCAGUCCUUCCGUCUUUUUAUGUCAUGUUUGUUUAUCAUCAAUGUUGACAUUUUCACUAUACAAAGAGACAUCUGAACUUCUAUGGCUAUGUAUGAGUAACUCAUUUCAGUAGUCUAGACUCUUGUGCAGGGCAUCAGGGGUCCAGUUCUUGGGAAAAAAGUCGGGUAAAUCAUGCAAUAUCAACAAACACAACAACAACAAACCCCCCUGCAAUCAAUAUCUGUUUAUUUUUAUAUUUUGAGGACCCACAAUCAAUGUAUUGAAAAUUCUGGCUCCCAUUUUUUUUAGAGGUGGUUCACUAUGUCUGUGUCCAUGGUUUUAAAGAGGAUACGUCACUGGUUGCAAGGACUACUCAGCGAUAGUAUUAGGAACUGGGGGUUGGAAGGCAGGAGGCAAUGACGCAAAUGUGUCAAGUGUUGUAGCCUCAACUGUUCCUUUUGGAAGCUCGUUCCUGUCCCUGAUUGUCCUUGGCAGGAAUGAACUGUUCCUGUACUCUGUUCUUGCUGUUAUGAGCCAGAAUUGUCUGUCAUGGGCUCAUUGCUGUCUAAGGGGGAGAGGGAUGAGUUUCUGUUUAAUGCUGAAGGAAUGGACCAGCUUUUUUUUUCUCCAAUGGUGACCAGCCCAGUGUUUCCAGCAUGCUGCCAAAUGAGGUGUUCCUGUUGUGGCUCAGGACAAAGCUUGCUGCCUGUUACUGGACCGCCAACAUUUCAAUUCUCUUCUGGGUGAAUGGGUCCCAGACUGAAGAUGCAUAAUCUAAAAGUGACUGGACAAAGGCUUUAUAGUCUGUUUCUUUCAUAAGGGAGUUGCAGAUCUUUAGAUUUCACCUUAGGAACCCUAGGGUCUUGUUUGCCUGGUUGCACACAUUGUUAAUGUGCUUGUCUCAGUUGACCUAUUUUGAAUGGUAACACCGGGGUACCUUAUAGAGGAAACUGGCUCAAGCAUAUGGCAGUUCAUAAAGAUGGUGUAGAGGGCUUCUACACCUGGAGGAUGACAGGGUGUAGCACUUCACAGGAUGAAAUUCCAUGUCCCAGCUCAUCUCCCACUCAGCUAACCAAUGAGGUCCUGUUGUAGCUGAUCCUGGUCAGCACUGUUGGUGAUUGUACUAUACACUGCUUUGUCAUGCUUGGGAGUUAUGCUUCUCAGGCAGUUUACUAAGGUAUGCGAGGAACAGACAGAGCCUAGCACCAAGCCCUGGGGGAACCCUGACUUAACACAGGCAAAGGAGAAGCUUGUGCCGUCUACCACUUCUGCCUGGCAUCAGUCGCUGAGGAAACUAGAGAUCCAUGUUAUGGUAGUGCCUUGGAUCCUAUAUCUCUGUAGUUUGUGUAAUAGCAAACUGUGAUUGACAUGAUCAAAGGCCUUUGAAAAGUUCAUCACAAGCAUGUCAGUUUCUUAGCAAAUACAGUACAACAUUUUUUAUAAAGGGUCAAUUUAUACUUGUAUAGUUGAAAAAUUUUGAUAGAGCAACUUCAAAUUUAAAUAAAAUAACUUUUUAAAACUUGUUUGCCAUACUAAUGAAAUAUAAAAUAAGCACCAUAGUGGGUGAUGAUCUUCCCCUCAUUUGUCUGCUACAUAGCUUGCAUACCUCAAGUUCAAGGGACUGUCCUGCAGGAUUACUUCUGGAAACUGGGUCCCUGCUGUGGAAAGAGUACAGAAAUACCAUUCCUAUAUGUUUCUGCAGGACUCUAGCCUUGGUCUUGUGUGUUUGAGAUGUUGUUCUUUAAAAAAAAAAACACCUGGAUGCCCAGAAGUUAAUCAAUAAUCCCAUUAUUCACUUCAAAUUCUUCAGGCUUUAAAUAACAUACAUAUCCCCGGGGCCUUGUAAAAAAAAUUAUAAUAAAUAAAAGUUGGCUCAGAAGGGGAGAUAACAAGUUUAUUAUGUUUAAAUUUGAUCGCAUUGACACUGGUUAAUAAUCUUUAAAUUAUGGCGCUAGCAUAAUAUUGAUGCUCUGACUUUCUUAGUGGUUAUUUUAACUAGUCUAAAGCAGUUAUUUUUUCUUCAAAUUUAUAGGAGACAUGAGUUUUAAGUGAUCUUGUAAUAGAUAAGAAUCAUUUAAUCUUCCCUUACUGUUUUAGUUUGCUGCCUUGACGCAUCUUGAGUGUGCAUAGAGUUAGUAGGAGUAGUCGCUCAGAGAGAGAGUGUCACUUAAAACUGACUUUGAUUUAAGUCUAUAUAUUGUCUACAACUUUUAUUAGUAAACAGUGUAAAAAGUGUAGUAAUUUGAAUGCUACUGUUAUAAGAUUUACCGAUUACCCUGAUUUUUGUGAUUCAUGUGAUUGAGUCAAUAUUCAGUAAACCAUAAACGCAUGGGUUGCAUUUUAUGGAGGCCUACUUGUAUUCUUAAAACUUGGCACCAUGAUUGCUAUUCUGGGAUCAGUUAUAGUAAAUAAAAUAAGAGGCUGAUUAGCAUGUAAAAAGAUAAUGUUUCCAAUAUGAAACAAACUUCUUAAUGUACGGUAUAUAAAGGAACAAGUCGCUGUGUCAUGACACUAUUAAAAUUAGUUACUUUAAAUGUUUGACGUAUACAUGAGGAGCAUGGUAAUAAUUGCAAACAUAUAAUUUGUGCAGUAUUAGUGAAGGAGCAUUGGCGGUUGAGCUAUAUAUGAUCUUUAUUUAAUUAAUAUUGUGAUGUUAAGUUUUUAUUGAAAAAUAUAUAUUUUAAAAAAAAUUGUAUUUGUUUUUUGCAUUUUGUUUUCAGGAGGAUGUGCAGAGGAGGUGGAUGAAAAGAUAUUACAUUCUGCUUUCAUUCCUUUUGGAGAAAUUAUUGACAUUCAAAUGCCAUUAGAUUAUGAAACAGGUGAAUAAUUUAUAUUAAAUUCUAUAUCAAAAAGCUAUUUUUCCUAUUCAUUUAAGUUACUGUUGUGGAAAAUAUGUAGACAAUUCAGUAUAAAGCAGAGACUAAGAUGUUAGUGUCCCUUUUUUUAAAAAAAUAUAAUAUAUAUUUUUUAAACAAGGGAAGCAUAAAUAUACAAAUGCUAAAAUGAACAUAGCUUUGUUAGUUUUUCUGUGGCGAGUUAGGACAGAGGCAGAGGGAAAAUAGCAUUAAGGAGUUGGAUAUAAAGGAAAUAAAAGGAUGCUUCAAUUUAGGAGAAAAAUAAGAUGAGCAUAAAAAUAGAAUAUUAAUGUAAUGUAACCUUAAUAAAACUAUGGCUUUAAAAAACCACCUUUUGCAUAGCUGUAUUUAAAGCAUCAUUUUCCUAUCUUCUUGUAAUGUAGAUAAUAUUCACUUUCUAACAAUCCAGCUUUAACAACAUAAAUAUUUUUGCGAGAAAAUAAGAAUGCCAUUAGCUGACACAAUUUUUUGAAUUUCUGUACUAAAUCAUUCUGAUUUUGUCCCCUUAUAUAGGCUGUAUGCUUUCUUAGUAGAUAGAUUUAGAGAGACAUAUAAGAGAUGUUGUAUAAUUGUGUGUGUGUGUUAAUUAAUGUUUGUAUUUUGAGGAGUAUAAAUUUUUCACAUGCUAUCAGUUGAUACAGUUUUUUUGCUUCUGGACUCAAAUUUUCAUUUGUGUAGAAAUUUAUCGGUACAAUUAAUUAAAUAUUGUUAGUGUCACUAGGUUUGGUAUUGUUUUCUUUUGACAUGAUGUUUUUCUUAGUUCUUUAUUACGGAGUGUUUAUUGUAUGAGCCAACUCUUAAAAAAGAUUAAAUCCUUAAAACCAUAAUACACUUUGACAUAGAAAACAAAGGCAGUCUCAUUUUUCAAAGACUUGAAAAAUAUUGCAUUCAAUUUUUUUGUUAAAUUCUUGUACUACAAAAUGAAAUGAUUUUACAGUAAAAAAUGUUAUUUGUGUAUUUUAUUAUUUUUCAACAGAAAAGCACAGAGGGUUUGGUUUUGUUGAAUUCGAAAUAGCAGAGGUAACUCAGUUCAUCUCAGAGCUACUUAGUUUGUAUCAUAGUUAUUUUGUUUAUCUUAGAGUAGUGUUUCUUGACCUUUUCUAUGCCUAGUACCCCCUGCAAAUUGUUUUAUAAAGUCUCGCACCCCCUAAAAAAGUAUCAAUGCAUUUUAUGAAUUGAAAACAAAACAAUUUUACUGUUAAAGUACAAAGAGAACUGAAGAACUUUGAAAAUAAACUUGUACUUAUUAUGUGAAUUUGUAGAGUUUAUGAUAGAGGUAAUUUAGUUUAUCUUAAAAGGUCCUUUUAGAUCAUUCAAAGUUCUUCCUCUUUAAACAAAUAUUAUCAGAAAUUUAAAAAAAAAAGUAUUUUUCUCAAUUUAAUAGAUCAUGUACAUUUAAAUGACAUUUGCUUUGCAGUUUAUUACUUUCAUUAGAUUUUUUAAUUUGUUUUCAGUGUUCAGUACUUUUCAAUACAAAAAAAAACCAAAAAAGAAACAGCAGCAAAUGGUUAGAAAUGAAAAGAUAAUGGCUGUUUUAAAUAACUCAUUACCGAGUUUCUUUGAUAUCACAUAAAAAUGAUUACAAGGAAAUGGAUUUAAUGAAAGAUAUAAUGUCAAAUUUUAAUUUAUUGUUCAAAGAUUGUAAAUAUCUUGAUUGCUCUUCUUAGGACGCAGCGCAUGCCAUCGACAAUAUGAAUGAGUCUGAACUCUUUGGACGCACAAUCCGUGUAAAUUUGGCUAAACCAAUGAAACUUAAAGAAGGAGCAUCGAAAGCAGGUACCAACUUUAAGCAACUUAGCUUUUAUUGAUAGAGUGCUGGUCCAGUUGGCUGCUCUUGAUGUUUUUUAAUUUUCAUACAACUUAUAUCUCAGUAUUAUUUUGCAGCUGAAUGGAACUACCUCUCCCUAAUUUUUUAUAAUUAUUUCAAAAUCUUUGAUGAGGCAAGCUAUACUUUUGAAUGUGAUUCUUUAAACAGAAGGUCAAAGGCCAAAUCUUAAGUUUCUAGUUAAAUUAAGAGCACAGCUGUGGUUCUAAUAAUACAUUUGUUGGAGCAUAUUAGUUGUUGAUAACAUUUAUAAAUAAAAAAAUGGUAAAUAUGAAAGAAAGAAAAUAUUAUAUUCCUUUUUUUUUAUUGUACAGUAUGGGCUGAUGAUGCCUGGUUACAGGAACAUGCAGGUGCCACUUUAAAAGACAAGGAAACAGAAGAGGCGCAGCCUGAAGAUCCAGAGGCUGAGAAGGGAGAGAAGAGAACCAAUGAAGACACUCAGGUAAAAUCUCGACCAAUUCUAAUGAACAUUUAGUGCUUUUCAUUUUUUAAAAAAAAUUCUUCUUUUAGUGGUUGGGGUUUGAAAUCAAGCUUGUAGCAAGGACAUGUUGGUCUGACUGAUUUAUGAAGCUUGAAUAAAAUGGUUUUGUUUUGUCCUAAUUCCAAGUCAUCAUACCAUUUGUUUCAAAUACACAGGUUAAAGAAAAAGCAAGCCCGGCACUAAUUUUGUUGUUUCUCUUGAUAAUGAAAUAAAUUAACGCAUAGGUAAAUGUAACCAUAAAAUCAUAAUUUGAAAAAAGUCAUGCAUGUGUAUAAUUAUUAUUGGUGACUGGAAAGUUUGUUUUUUUCUACACUUCAGAAUUUUAGGGAUCAUGGAUGUGGACCUCAGUUUUGUUGUAUUAUUAAUUAAAAUGAUAAACCACCCAAAAUGUUUGUUUCAAACCUUCGUACAAAUUCUUUUAAAUACAGGAAACGUCAACACCAUCUAAAAAACAAAAGCCAGGAGGAUGUUCUCAGGUUUUCAUGGAUAUCAAAAUUGGCAGCCGGGAGGUCGGACGUAUAGUUAUUGAGCUGAGAGCUGAUGUAGUGCCAUUAACAGCUGGUUAGCUUACUUCAAAAAUAUUUUAACUUUUGCAUAGAUGAUGUUCUUAUCUGGGGUAAAAAAAAAAUUGUUGAAGUCCACUUCAAUAGGUCUUUGUGUGCUCAAAUCCCAAGAUAAACUUUUUCUUUUUCAAAGUGGAAUAGCUGGAAGUGUGGUUUGAAAAAACACAAUUUAAAAGUAAAAUAUACCUUCCGUGCACACCAUUGUUAUUUUUAAUAAGAGAAUUAUGAGUAGUUCCAUUAUUUUUAAUUUUAAAUGAAUCAAUUUGUGAUGUUAGCAAAACAACAAAAAAUAAAUAAAUAAAAUGGGGUUCUUAACAUUUAAAAAUAGAUCUAUCUGAAAGCAUUUCCCAAACUUGUUUUUUGUGACCCGGUUAUUUUUAGGUUUCUUCUUUGUGAUCCACUAACAUUUUUAUCGCCUGUACUGGCCUUUAGGUAACAUAACAGAUAUGAAUUUCCACACAGUUUUCAUAUAGUAUAAUAAAGCAUUUACUCAUACAAAAAUUUAAAGAAAUCACACUUAACUAUAAUUCAUCAACGUAGCCUUGAUUUUUAUCCUUUUUUUUUCUUUCUUGUACCCUGGAUUUGUGUUUUCUGAAACUUAAAUUAUUUGCUCUUUGGAUUGGAACAUCAAUAUUAAGCAUGUUUAAGAUAUAUUUUGCUGGUGAUAAUUGAUUUAUGAACAGUUGUUUUUUUUCUCUAGAACUUAACUGGAAAUGGCAAUGAGCAAACUAUGUAACCUACAAUAUUUGAUUAUUUUUUUUUUUGUAUAUGAAAUAAGCCAUAUUAACACUUUUUAAUAUCUCAAAUAAAUUAUUUUUUCAGAGAACUUCCGUUGUUUGUGCACUCAUGAAAAAGGCUACGGGUACAAAGGUUCUUCAUUUCACAGAAUUAUACCACAAUUUGUAUCCUUGCAAUUAAAAUGUCAUUCUUGAUAUUCUACUCUUAAAAAAAUAUUUUAUUUGAUAAGAUAAGGUUCAUUUACUGAUCAAAAUAAUGAAAACGUUGUUUUCAUUAUUUUCAACUAAUCUUAUCAGCAUAAGUAUAAAAAAUAGUUUUUGUUGUUUUCAAAAUGAGUUUGUAGCAAUGUAUUAGUAUUAGGUGAACCAUUGUGUUGUCAGAUUCUCCAAGGUCCACAAUAAACUGUGAGAUGUGUAGGCUUUUUUGUCUUAUAUUUCCAUUGCUCGGUGUACAUCGGCAUUGAAUUAUCUUGUGAAAAAUUAAAAAAGACCCCUUUAUUUUAUUUAAAAAUUGUUUAUAUUUAUUUUCUUAGCAGUUUUCAGAAAUUUUUUUAGUUACCAUUUACAUUUAAUUAAUAUCAAUACCAAUUAUUAACGAAAUAUGGUUUCUAAAAUUGUCAUUACAAUUUUAAAAAAGACUCUAACCAACUUGACCUGAGAGCAUACUUUGGCCUGUCUCAGGUCUGCUCUUUAAUCUAAUGUUUAUCCUUAAUUUUACUGAGAUGUGCCAAGGAGGUGAUUUCACCAAUCAUAAUGGCACAGGUGGCAAGAGCAUAUAUGGGCGCAAGUUCGAUGAUGAAAACUUCACACUGAAACACACAGGACCCGGUAGGCAUCCUGCUGCUGUCAUUUUAGGAUAAUGUUAAAUCUUUUACAAAUAAUUUCAAAUUGGAAAGAUUCCCUUUAUAAUAACUUUAACAAUUUUAUUACAGAGUAAAACAAUCUUUUUUAAAAAUUAAAAUCAUGAUUUCCUUAGGCCUGCUGAAAUUUAAAACUUAGCAAUAAUAAUUUUUUAAGUAUUGUAUUUAUAAAAAAAAAUGUUGACUUUAAAAAUGUGACAUUGUAUUUCCUGGCUUUGUUUAGGCACACUGUCAAUGGCCAACUCGGGACCAAACACUAACGGAUCUCAGUUCUUUUUGACUACAGAAAGAACAGAAUGGCAAGUUUGCUCCCCUAGAUUACAUUAUUUUUUUUUAGGGAAUAAAUUAAGUUAUUGUAUUACUAUUACUUGAACAAAUUAUUUGAACAAUGCUACUUUAAGGAUUCGACCAAAAAAUUAGGAAUGCAUUGGAACAUUUAAUUAUUUUUAAUCUUGCGUAAUAAGCAUUAACAAUGAGCCACACACAUACACACAUGCAGGCCUUCUCCGACUCAUUGCAAAUUUGCUGAUUAGUUGACACUGCACUUUUCAUUUCUGAUAGAUUUUUGUCCUACAGAUACACUUAAAAAGUUUUAAAUCAUCACAAGAUUGCUGUUGAUGAGUUUUAAGUUUAUAGCUUAAACAUAGUUAAGGCCAAGUGGUCAGGCACAAUACAUAGUUUUAGCCUGCAUAAUAAUAUUUAAAAAAAAUACAUGACUUAGUGCUUCUCUGAAUUUUAUAUUGAUUAAUUUUGUUGUAAUACUAAGACUAAGCCAAAGACAUUUAAGUAUUCCUUUCUAUGAUCUUCAAAGACAUUGAAGUAUUCCUUCCAAUGAUUUCCAAACAGGUUAGAUGGAAAACAUGUUGUUUUUGGCAAAGUUAUUGAAGGCUUGGAUAUUGUCAAGAAGAUGGAGGUAAUGUACUGCAAGAAUAUGUACUAAUAAUACUAAUAUCUAAGCGUAAAUGUAAAUUUAUUAUUGGGGUAAAAUUGAGCUCUGCUUUGAGAAUGGAUCAUUGUAAGUAUAGUUUACACCAGAGGAUUAAAGGCAGUGCCAUACAAAGCACUUGAAGCCUGCUACUCCAUCAAAUGCUGCUUUUAUCAAAGUGCAGUGCAACGAUGCAGACUAAUAAUGAUCAAUUUUAAAUGAACUGGACCUUGACCAUAUCUUUAAAAUGAUUUUAAAAGUCCAAGAAUUAUAAUUUGCAUGCAAGAGAGAAUGGUGGAGAUGGCGUUGUUGUAUUGUCAGUGGAAGAGUAAGUUUAGUAGUACAAUUGACUGUUUUGCCAUCCAUUAUUAUAAAAAUAUAAGGUUGUUUAUUUUCAGGCUGUGGGCAGCAAGAGUGGUAAACCGUCACAGAAAGUCAUCAUUUCCAACUGUGGUGAACUAGUGUGACGGUUGUGGGGUGCAAGAGUGGUAAACUAUCUCAGAAAGUCGUCAUUUCCAAUAGCUGUGAAUGAGUGUGACAGUUGAGUGCUGGAUGGCAUCCGGCAUAAGCUUGUGCCUGAUUGAAGUGGAUGUUUGUGGAACAAAAGUCUUGGAUUUCAUGAAGUCUGAAUUGUUUAAGUUUUUUGUCACAAUAUACAAAUAAAUGUAAAUACUUUUUUUUUUGUUAAAUCUAUUCCCUUGAGUUACAGUUUUAUUUUCAUGAUGGAGUUAAAUAAAUAUAGGGGAAACGAGUGUUACGGUAAUCAAAUAAAUUUUAAACUAUUUAAAAAAUUGAGUUCUUUCAAACCACACUUCCAGCUAUUCCACUUUGAAAGUUCAAAACUGCAUCCUGUGAUUUCAAAACCAACUUCUAUAAUAUACAACUAUGUAUAUCUAGAAG